AUCCAUGGGAAAUAUGUGGUCCCUCAUCUCCCAAAUGUUCCCUCCUAAACCGAAAUGGUCUGUCGACGACAUCCCAGAUCUGACAGGCAAGGUCAUCAUUGUCACCGGUGGAAAUACCGGAUGUGGAAAGGAGACUGUAAGAGUACUACUUUUGCAUGGCGCAAAGGUCUAUUUGGCCGCUCGAAGCGAAGGCAAAGCAAGAGCAGCCAUCGAAGAACUGAAGAAAGAGACUGGAUCUGAACCUAUAUUCUUGCCCCUGGACCUCGCAGACUUAGUCAGUGUCCGUCGUAGCGCUGAAGAGUUCCUUUCGAAGGAAAAGCAGCUCCAUAUCCUAUUCAACAAUGCUGGUGUUAUGCUGGCGCCGAUGGACAUGCUCACCAAGCAGGGCUACGACCUCCAGUUUGGUACCAAUGUCGUCGGACAUUUCCAUUUUACUCAAUUGGUGCUACCUGCGCUUCUUGCGGCAGCGACGCCUACCGAGAAAGCGCGGGUAAUCACCACGUCUUCAUCUGCCAAUUAUAUGGGUACCCUCAACUUUGAUCUCUGGGCUGACGGGCCUGCGCGGAAUAAAAAAGGUGCAGGUGAUAUGUAUGUGCAAAGCAAGCACGGCAAUGUUGUUUUCGCCGUUGAACUCGCCAGGCGUUACGGGGCGCAAAAUAUUAUUUCUCACUCUCUGAAUCCAGGUAGCAUUCGCACGGACCUACAGCGUCAUCUCUCUCCGUUCGCCAAUAAGAUGCAAGAUAUCUUCCUCUUCCCCGUAUCUAUGGGCGCGUUGACCCAGCUUUGGGCCGGAACUUCGCCCGAGGCUGGACAGAUGAAUGGCGAGUUCAUGAUUCCUUGGGCCAGGCUUGGCAAAGCACGUAAGGAGACGGGAGACCCUGAGGUGGGUAAGAAGCUGUGGGAGUGGCUUGAAGCACAGUGCAAGGACUAUUAA